AUGUUCAGACAGAGAACUACCAUUUUCAACCCUUUAUCCACUCACGACAAUGUGGUUCAGAAAGCAGACCAGGCCGAGUUUGCUGUGCAACCUGCUGAAAAUAGCUUCUUCUUAGUAGAGAACAAAUACACUGUUUCGCAGUCUCUGGCAUUUCUGAAAUUCGAUCUUGUUAAGCAAUUGCGUAUCCAAAGCAGCGACAACCUGUUUCCAGAAGACCGCGUCUUCAACUACCGCUUAUCCGAAGGCGUCAAUGUAUAUGUGACUCCUCAGCACGUGAAAACCGAUGAAGAUAAGCAAGAGUUCUUUGGCCAGGUCAGGAGCCUCUUGAACAAAUUGUUAGACAUAGAAGUCAACAAAGAAAAUUGGACCAAAUCAGUAAAUGCUUUGCAUUUCCACAGUGCUGAAAGGCCUCGAUUAGAUGUUUCAAUUCUUAAUCUCGAAAAAUCAAGUGAAUUGAAGGAUUCGAUCAACUUUGACUUGUCAUAUAAUUCCGGGUCUGGAGUCGUAUUUAAACAAUUGUACUCCGUAGAUUCGCCCUUGUCGAUCCGAAAACAGAAUGGAUUGUACAAAGAGAUUGGUUUAUUCUUGGUAGAUGAACAAAUCAGCUCUAAAGACGAUGUAGUUUUGUCAGGACUCAGAGUCGUUUUUGGAGAUGAUCAGGAAGAAGAGAAUGUAUUCAAGACUUUGUUCCAUACAAAGCCCAGACACAGAUACAUCGACACAGGUAUAGACUCUCACAUCGAGGAAAAUGGUUUACAUCCGCUUUUGCACACUUCUUUUGCACAAGAAGUAACACCUCCGGAAGACCUGGAUGUCCAGGAAUGUAAUUUGUACUACUACGUAAGUCUCAACAAGUCGUUGAUUUUCGACGAGUUCCAGUCGAUUCCGAAUGGAGCAAAACUUGUAGUCAACCAAGGCUCUCGUGAUCUCGAACUCCCAGAGUACAAGGUAGGCGAGUGGGGCAACGAAGUAUUAUUUGAGUUCGCCAACUUCUCUGCACCCAGCAUUGAUUUUCCAUUACAUUCUCGUUACCAAAAGCCCAGCAACGAAACAGAUUCUACAGAAAUUUACAAUUCGCUACCAUUGAUCUUCUAUGGAUGUAGUGUUCGUGACGACUAUUUGCUUGACAAAUCGCCAUUUGACACCAAACAAACUAUAGGUGGAAACUACGAACUGUACUUCACAAAUGAUACUGUUUUCUAUCACUUCACACAUAACAGCGGCUCUCUGGUAGUAGUCAAUGUUCCUCACGGCACGUCGGACUUCGACAGCGUCAACACUAUUACUACAAUAGCUGUAGUCAUAGGCUCAGCUAUAAUUCUUUUCUCGUUAUUGAAAGCUUCCUUCAGAAGUUCUACAUUGUCUGAGAAAAAGAAACAAUAA